CAACCAUAAACAACAGCUUGAGCCUUUUAGUAUUUGGGGCUGCCGUUAAAUAUGAUUAAAUUUCGUUAGCUGGGUUACUACUACCUUUGGUUGGCAAUGAGCAGAGACUAUUACGCUGCGUUGGAAAUCAACAGAAAUGCAUCUGAUGCAGAGAUCAAAAAGUCGUAUCGUCAACUAGCGUUGAAAUAUCAUCCGCACAAUAACGGUCAACCGGGUGCGUGUGACAAAUUCAAUGAGCUUGCUGAAGCUUAUGAUGUUCUCAGUGACCCGCGGAAAAAGGCCACAUAUGAUAAAUUUGGUGAGGAGGGCCUUAAAGGAGGAAUCCCACCGGAAGCAGCAGCUAAUGGAGCGUGGUCAUCCAGAUAUGUCUACCAUGGAAACCCUGAUAAAACAUUCAGACAGUUCUUUGGAGGGGACAAUCCUUUUGCUGAUUUUCACACUGCCUGUAGAGCUGAUGUGAACAUUGGUUUUGGAGGCCUUCGAGGACGAGGGAUUAAAAAGCAGGAUCCCCCUAUAGAGCGGGAUCUUCAUUUAGCCUUAGAGGACCUUUUUUACGGCUCCACCAAGAAGAUAAAAAUAUCCCGACGUGUGAUUAAUGAAGAUGGACAUGCAUCCAGCAUCAAAGACAAGAUUUUAACCAUCACUGUGAAACCAGGCUGGAAUGAGGGGAUGCACAUCACAUUUCCCAAAGAGGGAGACCAGGGCCCAAACAACAUCCCAGCAGAUAUCAUUUUCACUGUUCGCCAUAAGCCACAUCCUUGGUUUACUCGGCAAAACAAUAACUUAGUUUACACUGCAAAUAUAUCUCUAGAGCAGGCACUGACUGGAUUUUCAGUGGAAGUGGUAACACUGGAUGGCAGACUUCUUAACAUUCCUGUCAAUGACAUUGUACACCCACAGUACAGCAAAGUGGUGACAGGAGAAGGAAUGCCUUCAUCAAGCAAUCCAGCUACUAGGGGAGAUCUGAUCAUCCGGUUCAACACUCACUACCCAGAGAAGCUUUCAGCUGAGAAGAAGCGGCUACUGAAGCAAGCCCUUGCCUUGUAAACCAUUCUGCACACUUCCUGAAAACCUUUUUGUUCCAAGUGUUUCCUCCACCCAUGUCAAUUUCCAUAGUACAACUUGUACAAAAUGUACAGACAGUUGCCUCUGAGAAAUAAAAGUUUUAUUACAUUUUAAAAGGCCUAACAGAGGAAUCAAGAUGAGACAAGCUUUAUAAUCCCCAGGAUAUACUUGAAUGAAACAGAAACACCAGAUGUUAAAAGGUUUGUUUAAGCUUUAAGUAGAUAUGGGCCAAAUCAAAAAUCCAUCAGCACC